AUGCGCCUCGAUUACAUUCCCGAUCCUCCAAACUUCAAGAGUCCAGAAGACCAAGCCGUUGUAGAACGUGUCCUUCAAAGGCGGGGCGAAAAGGGACUCAUAGCGCUUGAUCGAACGUUGCUUCACACGCCCCCAGUUGCUGAUGGCUGGAACGCUUUCCUCGGCGCCAUCCGUACAAAAACCUCUCUGCCAACUUCGAUCCGCGAAAUAGCAAUAUGCCGCGUCGCCGUCUUAAACAAAGCAUGGUAUGAAUGGGACUCUCACUCUCCCAUCCUCGCCUCUGCCCCCGGCAUAACCGCCACCCAAAUCUCUGCAAUCCUAUACUCCCCUCCACACCAACCCGACACCACAGUCCUCGAUCCCGCCCAUGCAGCCCUCCUCUCAUACACCGAUGCCAUGACGCUCGACGUCCGCGUCAGCGACACCGUGUUUGCGUGCCUGAAGCAGGAGUUCAACGAUCAGGAGAUCGUAGAGAUUACGGCAACGAUUGCGAGUUAUAACUGCGUGAGUCGUUUUUUGGUGGCGCUGGAUGUGGGGGAAAGGAAUGCGCAGGCAGGGCCAACGAAAAGGGCGGAAGGGGGUUAG